AUGGCCCUGGAUAAAAUGGAAAAAUUGCAUCUGGAAGAUAAAAUGAUCCAAACUGAGCUGUGUGAAUUGGAAGGUAUUCCCUUAACAAAACCAAUAUACAGCAUAUGGGAUCAAGUGUGGAACUUCAAAGCCAGACCUGACGAUCUUCUCAUUGCAACCUAUGCAAAAGCAGGUACCACAUGGACACAGGAGAUAGUGGAUAUGAUUCAACAAAAUGGAGACAUUGAGAAGUGUAGACGUGCCAGUACUUACAGACGCCAUCCUUUCCUUGAAUGGUAUAUGCCAGAGCCUUCGCCUAAUGGUUACUCAGGCCUGGAGCUAGCUGAAGCUAUGCCUUCUCCACGAACUAUAAAAACUCAUCUUCCUGUGCAGAUGGUGCCCCCCUCCUUCUGGGAACAAAACUGUAAGAUAAUCUAUGUGGCGAGAAAUGCAAAAGACAACCUGGUGUCAUACUACCAUUUCCACAGAAUGAAUAAAGCACUUCCUGACCCAGGAACCAUGGAAGAGUUCAUGGAGAAAUUCAUGGCUGGAAAAGUGCUUUGGGGUUCCUGGUAUGACCAUGUGAAAGGAUGGUGGAAGGCAAAAGACAAGCACCGUAUUCUCUACCUCUUCUAUGAAGAUAUGAAGGAGAAUCCAGAGAGACAAAUUCAGAAGAUUAUGAAGUUUAUGGAGAAGGACUUGGAACAGGAGGUUCUUAACAAGAUAAUCCAUAACACCUCAUUUGAGAUAAUGAAGGAAAAUCCCAUGGCAAACUACACUAAGGAUUUUGUGGGAUUAAUGGAUCACUCAGUUUCCCCAUUCAUGAGAAAAGGAGUUGUCGGGGACUGGAAGAAUUAUUUCACUGUGGCACAAAACAAGAAAUUUGAUGAGGAUUAUAACAAGAAAAUGGCUGAUACAUCUCUUGUUUUUCGUGUCGAAUUGUGA